UCUUCCCUCUCCUCUAGCCACCGCCCCUCCUGGCCCUGCCCCCUCUGCUGGCAGGUCGGCCAAUCCGGAACCAGCCGGUAGCCGCGGCACUCCAGGGAGCUGCAGUGCGCGCGGGCUCCCUUCGCAUUUCUCCUCUGCUUCUCCUUCGCAUUCGCCCGCGGAGGAGCCCUGGACCUCGCCCCUCUCUCUCCUCGCAGAACCGCCAUACACUCUAACAAUGGCGGAAGCCCAUCAAGCAGUCGCAUUUCAGUUCACUGUAACCCCAGAUGGAAUUGAUCUUCGCAUGAGCCAUGAGGCUCUCAGGCAGAUCUAUCUGUCUGGUCUCUAUUCCUGGAAGAAGAAGUUCAUAAGAUUCAAGAAUGGCAUAAUCACCGGAGUCUAUCCUGCUAGUCCAUCUAGUUGGCUUAUUGUUGUGGUUGGAGUUAUGUCAACAAUGUAUGCCAAAAUAGAUCCUUCAUUGGGAUUAAUAGCCAGAAUCAACCAGACUCUUGAUACAACUGGUUAUAUGUCCAACCAAACACAGAAUAUUGCCAGUGGGAUUAUUUUUGGGACAGGGCUCUGGGUGGCCCUUAUUUUCACAAUGCGCUACUCACUAAAGAUGCUGCUUUCCUACCAUGGGUGGAUGUUUGCUGAGCAUGGCAAACUUUCUACAGGAACCAAGAUAUGGAUGACGUUGGUGAAGCUUUUCUCAGGUCGUAAACCAAUGCUGUACAGUUUUCAGACAUCUCUGCCACGUCUUCCAGUUCCAGCUGUUAAAGACACAGUAAAUAGGUAUUUGGAGUCAGUUCAACCACUUAUGAAUAAAGAAGAGUUUAAAAGAAUGGAAGGUCUUGGCAAAGAUUUUGCUGUUAAGCUGGGACCAAAAUUACAGUGGUACUUAAAGCUGAAAUCCUGGUGGGCUACAAAUUAUGUUAGUGAUUGGUGGGAAGAAUACAUUUAUCUUAGAGGACGUGGACCUAUUAUGGUAAACAGUAAUUACUUUGCAAUGGACUUCAUGUAUUUUACGCCUACUGCUGUGCAGGCAGCUAGAGCUGGCAAUGCUAUCCAUGCCAUUCUCAUGUAUAGACGAAAACUGGACAGACAGCAAAUCCAGCCAAUUCUCCUGAUGGGAUCCACUGUUCCACUCUGCUCAGCUCAGUGGGAGAGGAUGUUUAAUACCUCCCGUAUUCCAGGAGAAGAAACAGACACUCUCCAGCAUAUUAAAGACAGCAAACACAUUGUUGUGUACCACAAGGGAUGCUAUUACAAAGUAUGGCUGUACUAUGAUGGCAGACUGCUGAAACCUCGGGAGAUUGAACAGCAGAUUCAGUGGAUCUUAGACAUCAAAUCAGAGCCCCAGCCUGGUGAAGAGAAGUUAGCUGCUCUUACGGCAGGUGACAGAGUGCCUUGGGCUAAGGCUCGCCAGACAUAUUUUGCACGUGGAAAGAACAAGCAAUCUUUGGAUGCAGUGGAAAAGGCAGCUUUCUUUGUGACUUUGGAUGACACUGCUCAGGGUUACACACAAGAUGAUCCAGUGACAUCCAUGGACACCUAUGCAAAGACACUUCUGCAUGGCAAAUGUUAUGACAGGUGGUUUGACAAGUCAUUUACAUUUGUAGUGUUCAAAAAUGGUAAAAUGGGCCUAAAUGCUGAACAUUCCUGGGCAGAUGCUCCUAUUAUUGGACAUCUAUGGGAGAAUGUCAUGUUUUCUGACUGUGUUGAACUUGGUUACACAGAAGAUGGGCACUGCAAAGGAGAAAUCAAUGUAGGCAUCCCUGUGCCUACCAGGUUGCAAUGGGAAAUCUCCGAAGAAUGCCAAGAAGUGAUUGAGAGGUCUCUGGCCAUUGCAAAACCUCUAGCGGAAGAUGUAAAUUUUCAUUCUUUUCCUUUUGAGACAUUUGGGAAAGGAUUAAUGAAGAAAAUAAAAACUAGUCCUGAUGCAUUUGUACAACUUGCCCUGCAGCUUGCUCACUACCGGGACAUGGGGAAAUUUUGCUUAACAUAUGAAGCAUCUAUGACCCGCCUCUUCAGAGAAGGCAGAACAGAAACAGUUCGUUCGUGUACUAUUGAAUCGUGCAACUUUGUGAAAGCUAUGGAUGACCCAGCUGAAAGUAAGGAAAAGAAGCAUGCACUAUUCAAGACUGCUGCUACUAAACAUCAACACUUGUAUCGUCUUGCCAUGACUGGUUCUGGCAUUGAUCGCCAUCUUUUUUGCCUUUAUGUGGUAUCCAAAUACCUUGCAGUUGAAUCUCCUUUCCUUAAAGAAGUUUUGGCAGAGCCAUGGAGACUUUCAACAAGUCAGACACCCCAACAACACAUUGAUCUGAAUAAGCAUCCUAAAUUGGAGUCCAGUGGUGGAGGUUUUGGACCUGUUGCUGAUGACGGUUAUGGUGUUUCUUAUAUUAUUGUGGGUGAUGAUCUCAUCAAUUUCCAUGUAUCCAGCAAAUUUUCUUGCCCUGAAACAGAUUCUCAUCGCUUUGGGGAAAACAUCAAACAAGCAUUGUGUGAUAUCCGUGACUUAUUUGGUUUUGGCAAAAACUCUACCAAGUGAUUCCCUAAGAGCAGGUCAUCUAGUCACCCUAUGUUGGGGGGUGAGAACUCUUCUGAUCAGUACCUGAAAACAAGCAGCAGUUGGAGAGACUGUUUGAUCUUAAUCCAUUCAGGGAUAUAUAAACAAGCAUUCUUAAGAAAGGAACCAAGAUCCACCACUGCAAUUGUUCAGAAGAGUUUUCUUUUCCACAAAAGAUGACUUUUGUCAUUCUCUGUAUUUGUAGGAGAGCUGCACGGUAACAGCAAGUGAAGAUGUGUAUGCCAAGCCUGUCUUAAUGUGGUCACUUAAUGUGAUCACUUAUUAGUUUAAAAAGUUUUGUCUUAUAUUCUAUAAAUUGAAGGGAUGAAAUGUGUGUAUUCCAACCUUGUGUCAACAACAAAAAACGACUUGAAAUGUACCAGACUAUCAGUUCAUUAGUCUGUCAUUUUUUCAGUCAACUAUUUGAGGCAUUCAUAUUAAAUAAAGGUAUUUCAUUAAGCUAAACAUUGAAAGAAAAAAACCUGUCAAACCUAAUGUGAUGCAUGCAGUAAGUGGAAAAAAUGCUUUUCUGCUUGGAAACAAGCUUAUGCUGCCAAAGGUCAGUGAAAAAUGCUUCCUAACUGCCUAAAUUUUCAGUUCACACCUUUUUUAGCUUAGUAUUUGUGACCAUAUACUUUCUCAUGUUUUUAGUUUACUUUGUAAAUGAACCUGCAUGUAUGUUUUUCAGUUCCUUAAAACAAGAGGCCCUAAAUAGAGGGCAUUAUUAUUCUGUGGGGUUAUUUUGCAUACACUUGUGAAGGUUCUCUGCUAUAAUUGGGGAACAGAGUUGCUGAAUUCACAAAAACUUAGCUGAAUAAAACUACAAAAAGUAAACACCCUUGUACCUGGUACUGUGUAUCUGGGAGGCCCUACAAGAAAUUCCCUUUUGUUUAACCCUGAUGAAAGUCCCUUCCUAUGAGACAUAAAUAAUCUUUACACUAUCUUUAAAAAGUUACAGAACUGUCAUUUUUGCUUUGAGUGGAGUUCAAAUAAAACAAAAGUUGCCACAUCCCAUUACUUUUCUUAGGUUUCAGUAAGUCUAGCCAUUAGACAGAAAACCUGCUGGACAAUCCACAGUACAAAGACCAAGCCUGGCUGAUGUAUUGUAGCUUGUCUACCCUUGUGCCUUAAGUGGCUCCUAUCUCAUGUGUAACUAUGGACAAUGGAGAAGGCCUUUAACAUAAUUAUUAUCUGACACUUGGAUAAGUCAUGGGUUAAAUCAGGAGGAACAAAUGCUGUAAAGAGGUCAUGACAAAUUUUGAGUGAUGUUACAAGAAAAUGUAUAAUGAAGAUUGAAAGGAAGGGAGUAUGAGGGAUCAUGACUGGCACAAAGGUGGCCAAAAGCCUUAAUAUAUGAACAACAAAAAGCUAUUAAUAAUGUACUCUAGACAGUCUUUACAUAAAACAAAUUAAGCAUUUAGUGCAUAAGUCAUAUCUUCUUUGAUUUAAUGGCGCUGAAAAGAUCAUGCAACAUACUCGGAGUUCUUUGACUAAAUGCUGAUGCUCCAGAGCUUUUAAUAACUAGAACAUGUGGGGAUGGGGGAAGUCUCUCUCUGUUCUGAGAUGGAGACUAUGGGUGACCACACAUAAUGAGGCAAGUAAGGUUGCUCUGAACCACCAGUUCCUAGAGUACAUGCGGGAUCCCAACUCCCAGUGUCAGGACAGGCAUGCUUACAUUAGAUGUAUAAUCCAAACCUACCAGUGUUGGCAAAUUCUUCCCUACUUGUGGUUCCAGAUCCAACAUCUGUAACUUCAACAUGCCCAACACCAAUAGUUGGGGUCCCCUGCAUGCUCAAGAACUAGUGUUUGUGACAACCAUAUUUGCCACAUCACAUGUGGAGCCACACUAUGAAUCGCUAGUUCAUGUUUUGUAAGUUACUUUGGCUCAGAUGUUAAUGAAGAUAAGAUACAUUGCUUUGUAAAUAUUGGAAUACAACCCACCAUCCUUGAGAAUGGGCAUAAUAUGUGUUUGAUCAGGUAUGAUUAAUAGGCAAGAAAAUUAUAAGAGAAGAGUUACAGCUCCUGGAAUGCAGCAUGACAUCCAAUCAAAGUACUGUGACAAAGUUAAGAGUCAAUGUUUAGGAGCUGUAGGAAUACACUCUUUAUAUUGGCUGCUGACCAGUCUUUAUUUUAAGAAAUAAUCUUGUAGAUUUUUAAAAUUAAGAGCAUACUUAGGUUUGACUCUCAGGUUUUAGAUGUUUCAAAUGUAAUCAUAGUUGACUAGUGCAUUAUCAAUGCAAUUUUUGCAUUCUUUAAGGGAAUGUAAAUGUGUAAUUGGCUGAAGCUGGCCUGGUUUUUAAUACAAGUCUUUUGAGGGUUGGGUGUCAUGUAUUUUUUUAUUUGACACAGAUAAUUUCUAAACAAACCUGGUUUGUAUCUUAGAAUGUCAACUGCAUGUAAAUAAUGUUCCUUUGGUUGUAAAUCUUAAAACGCACAGUAAGCAUAGGUUAUCCUUAAUAAAGAAAUUAAUAUUCUAA